CUCAUGUACAAAAUAAAUACACACUCGCGCAUUCACAUUUCUACCAAAAACCCAAAACCAAAAACUAACUAAAAAACACCACACACUACAUUCUUUUUCUAGUGUACUAAACCAAAUCACAAGAUCGAAUCAAGAACAUCGAGAUCGAAUCAAGAUCGACCAAGAUCGAUGAUUACUUGGGGAGAUGUAUACAAGGUAGUGUCGGCCAUGGUGCCGCUCUACGUCGCGCUCGGCCUAGGCUUCCUCUCGAUCAAAGGAUGGCGAAUGUUCGAAAUCGAGCAAUGCAACGGUAUCAACCGAUUGAAUUGCUAUUUCGUCGUCCCUUUCUUCAAUCUCAAAUUCACCUCUUCAAUCAAUCCCUACAACAUGAGCCUUCGCUACAUUGCGAGCGACGUCGUCGCCAAGGCCAUCUUCGCCACGGUGUUAAUCGUGUGGGUCACCACCUCCAAAAAGGCCUCCGCGUCGUGGGCAAUUACGACUUUCUCCCUCGCGUGCUUGAACAACACCCUCGUCCUCGGCGUCCCCUUGCUCAGCGCAAUGUACGGACCGGCCGGGAGAGAUCUCGCCAUCACGUCGCAGGUCAUGCAAACUCUCAUUUGGUUUCCUACUCUUUUGUUUUUGUUGGAGUUUCAAUACGCUAAAACCGCGGCUAGACCCGCCGCUUUGGAUCCUCCGAGUCGAGAUCAACCGCCUCAUGUCGUCGUGGAAGUUGGACCCGACGCGACAAACGCCACAACAACAACAACAACAACGAAUAAUAGUAAUGUCCAAAACACGGCAAGCGAGAGUAAUGUCCAAAACACGGCGACCCAGAGUAAUGUCCAAAACACAGCAACCCAGAGUAAUGUCCAAAACACGGCAACCCAGAGUAAUGUUCAAAACACGGCGAGCCAAAGUAAUGUCCAAAACACGGCAAGCCAAAGUAAUUUGUCAACGAUUUUGAAGAAAGUUUUCUUGAAGCUCGCGGCGAACCCGAAUUCGUAUGCUUGUCCCAUUGGCCUCACUUGGGCUUUUUUGGCGCAGAGGUUUGAUAUCGAAUUACCAACCCUCGUACAAGGUUCGAUUAUGAUUAUGGCCAAUGCCGGAAGCUGCUUAGCAAUGUUCUCUCUCGGAAUUUUUAUGGCGUUGCAAGAGAAGGUAAUAUCAUGUGGCAUAAAGCGUGCCGCGUUCGCCUUGGUUUUGAGAUUUGUGGUCGGGCCACUUGUUAUGUUCUCAAGUUCUCUCGCCUUAGGCUUGAGAUCCAACAUUCUUCGAGUAGCAAUCAUGACGGCAGCUUUACCACAAUCGAUUUUAUCGUGUAUCAUCGCUCAAGAAUACAACGUCAACCCUACUGUCCUCAGCACAGCGGUUAUCUUCGGCAUGAUCAUAUCGCUCCCGCUCUUGAUUGGCUACUAUUCUAUCUUAGACAUUGUCUAACAUUCUUUGAUUGGCUACUAUUCUCUCUUAGAGGUUUCCUAACAUUCUUACAUAGAGUUUACUACAAUUUCUUCAAUGGAUUGAAUCCAUUCAUAAUUUUCAUUUGAGUUAACAAAAUUGUUCGAACAUUGAUGUAACAAGUUUAGUUCAUGUAGUUUUGUUACACGAAAAUGAAAUGGGCAAAAUAAUACACUAAGUAUUCUUGCCAAACUUGCCCAUUUUUGCAAAACUUAU